GGAAGCAAACCUACAGUCACUUCAACUGAUUGGUGCCUCCAGAAGCUAAUGUUCCUGAAGGACCUGGUCCCAUUUAAUCUUCCACUUAUUGCAAAGUUGGUAGAGGCAGUGAUCUCUCUUCCAGUCUCGAAUGCAUGGCCGGAAAGGGGUGCCAGUUCUUUAAAACUGAUGAAGACAAGGCUUCGAAGUAGAAUGAAGAAUGACAUGCUCAACGCUCUGCUACAUAUUCUCAUCAACAGUCCUAAAGUGGGAAGUAAGGAAUUUGAAGGAGUGAUUGAUGCUUCUGUUAGAGCUUGGUUAGCUGCCAAACCACGCCGAAAGUGUCCUCCAAAGUUUGUCAGCACACCACUGGUCGCCAGUUCAAGUGGUAUAAGUGAGAACGUUGUAACGGUAACCAUGCAGGAUGCUGGUGUGCAGACAAAUGAUGACAGCGUCAUUCAGCCAGUUCAACGUACAAUUGCAGAUGAAGUAGAUGAAACCUCAAAAGCAUUGGAGCUACCAGCAGAUGAUGAUGAUGAUUCAGAUUAUGGCUCUGACAUUGAAUUUUCCCAUGACAUAUAG